AUGGCAACAAUAAAGCCUAUCGAGGCUCGCUCGGUUCACCAAAUCCAGUCGGGCCAGGUCAUCGUUGACCUCUAUGUGCGUUUUAAAAACAACGGCCUGGAUUUGAUAGAAGUCCAGGAUAACGGCCAUGGAAUCUCGCCGAACAACUAUGAGUCGCUGGCCUUGAAACACUACACAUCCAAGCUAUCGACCUUCGCAGACCUCACCUCUCUUCAAACGUUUGGUUUCCGUGGUGAAGCGCUUUCUUCACUAUGUGCAGUGUCAAACCUCACCGUCGUUACUGCGGAGGCACAACAGGCUCCUAGAGCUUCGAAGCUGGAUUUCGAGUUCUCCGGGAGACUCAAGAGCACGCAGGUAGUUGCUGGCCAAAGAGGGACGACGGUCUCUAUAGAGAACCUAUUCAAGCCCCUACCGGUUCGGCGGCGAGAAUUAGAGAAAAAUGUCAAAAGAGAGUACGGAAAGGUGAUAGCGCUGCUACAUGCAUAUGCAUGUAUAAGCACAGGCGUCCGUUUCAACGUCAAGAACCAGAUGCCUAAGGGGAAAAGCGUGGUAGUUUUCACUACUAAAUCGAAUCCUACGACGCGGGAGAAUAUUUCUAAUGUCUAUGGUGCAAAGACACUUCUUGCGUUGAUGCCACUCGACUUGAACCUGGAGUUUGAGCCGAGCUCAGCGGCAAAACGGUUUUCAAGCAAUGUUUCCAAUAAGUUAUUUGUGCAUGGCCACAUAUCUAAGCCGAUAUUCGGUGAAGGAAGACAAACGCCCGAUCGCCAGAUGUUCUUUGUGAAUUCUCGACCAUGUGGAUUACCCCAGAUUGCAAAAGCCUUUAACGAGGUAUACAAGUCGUUCAAUUUGUCUCAAUCACCGUUUAUCUUUGCAAACUUUGAGAUGGACACAAGUGCGUACGACGUUAAUGUUUCGCCGGAUAAGCGAACAAUCUUGCUCCAUGAUGCUGGUGCUUUGAUCGAAUCUCUAAAGGCAUCCCUCACCGAACUCUUUGAGAAUCAAGACCAAACUGUUCCUGUUUCCCAGCUUGCGUUUAGCAGGCAAAGUCAAUUAACACCGAAGACGGGAAAGACUCCGCUAGCUUCCACUAAUGCAACGCAAGACGAACUGGAGGAGCCGUCUGCUAAUGCAGCGUAUAGCCAGGAGCUAGGAGAAAACGAUACCGUGCAAGAUAACGAUCUAGAGCCUACCACAAAGCCACAAUCAUCAAUAAAAGGAGCUUUUCGGAGAUUUGAAAGUGGUGAUCAGGGGACUCAACCGCCGGAUAUGGGCAUUAUUGUCGAAGAUGACCCAGUAAUCCCUGAAUCUAGUGGAGCUUAUAAUAUCCCAUCUAGUACCAACGUCGAGGAGGUAGAAGGUAGCUUGACCCAGCUACAGCCAGCACAGGAACAACCCAUCUCAAGUAGUCCCUCAUUAGGCACUCCAACCCACAAACCUGGUGUUGUCCAGAAUGCUUUUGACCGAAUGCGGAUGAACCGGACACCAGUGGAUGUGGCAACCAUUACCAUAGGUAACAAGACCUACCAAUCGACUAUUGGUAGAGAUCCGGUGAAAGGAAGACUGGAUAGCUAUCCAGGCUUACACUUGCAUUCACCAUCAUCCAGGACAAGGGCUAUUACUAUCAAGAAAAGUAAAAUAGGCCGAAGUAUUCAGUCCUUUACCGCCCCUGGAACGCAGCUUAACCAAGGAGAACUAGAUGAUGAUCUUAUUGAAGACGAAGAGAAUGAGGAGGAAGACAAUGAAGCAUGCUCUAGCAGCCAGUCAAAUGAAUGUGAUGGGCACGAAGAAGAAUUAGAGGAACUGGAAUCUGGGGAAGACAGCGGAGACGAAGAGCAAGCAGAGGGAGAGGAACAAACAGGUGAAGAACAUGAAGAUCAUCAGGUAGAAUCUCUACAGCAAGAUCAACGGAUCCAGCCCGAAGAUGCCGAUGCUUCGACUUCCGACUCUGAUGAAAGCUACGUUGACGAUGAGGAACGGAAGUCCAGAGAAGAUGCAAAGGUCAGUGAGCUAAUAAAAGCAGCGGAGGAAGCAUCAGCUAUUCCUUCAGAGCAGAGUAUCGAACGGGCAGAGAGACUGGCUCGAAAACCUCGCAAGAAGGAUUGCACGCAUGAUUUGGCAUGCACUAUCGACACUUCUGUUGGGAACAUCGAAUCUCAGCUGAAAGCUCUUCAAAGGAAGAUAAAAUCGUCGGAUAUCAAGCGAUUAGAUAGGAGCGACGAUGAAGACGAUGACCAGCAGAUUGCACCUGAAACGAAGCUAUCCCUCGCAGUCUCCAAGAAGGAUUUUUCUAGGAUGCGGAUAAUCGGUCAGUUUAACCUUGGUUUUAUCCUUGCGACGAGACCGGGCGGUAGCCCAGACAGCACCCGCUCCUCUGCACGGCCAGCUGGGAAUGAACAAGAUGAGUUAUUCAUCAUUGAUCAACACGCGUCCGACGAGAAGUAUAACUUCGAACGUCUCCAGGCUGAGACGACGGUACAAAACCAAAGGCUUGUGAAGCCGAAGACCCUUGAUCUCACCUCCGUGGAAGAAGAAGUCAUCAUCGACAACCUUGCUGCGUUGGAAAAGAACGGAUUCAUCGUUGAAAUAGAUACCAGUGGAGAUGAGCCCAUCGGCCGACGGUGCAAACUGAUUAGCUUACCACUGAGUAAAGAAGUCGUCUUCGACACUCGCGAUUUGGAAGAGUUGAUUGUCUUGCUUUCUGAAGCACCGCAGCAAUCACAGAACAAUCGAGGCAAACGGUCGAGAAACGAACUUGAUAGCGAUGCGGAAGAUGUCGAACCCUCGGGUAUAGCUUCGUCACCCUUCUCGGACUACCUUGUUCCUAGACCGAGCAAAGUGAGAAAGAUGUUCGCUAUGAGAGCUUGCCGGUCAAGUAUCAUGAUUGGAAAGAACCUUACUCAUCGGCAAAUGGAGACCGUGGUCAAGCACAUGGGGACUAUAGACAAGCCGUGGAACUGUCCGCACGGAAGACCUACUAUGAGACAUCUAGUGAGCCUGGGGCAGUGGAAUGAAUGGAGUGAAUGGGAGAGCUACAAACAGCGCCAAUCUAGGGCUGGGGGGAAAGAAAAGAGUAUUAAAUAUGUGUGGGAAGAAUUUGUCGAAGAUUACGGCUCGUAA